AUGAGCGAGGGGGCUGCCGGCGCCGCGGCGCCCGGGGCGGCGGAGGCGGCAGCGGCGGGGGGCCCGGGCGGGGAUGGGGCCGGGGGGCCGCCGCGGGAGCUGCGGUGCAGCGACUGCAUCGUCUGGAACCGGCAGCAGACGUGGCUGUGCGUGGUGCCCCUCUUCAUCGGCUUCAUCGGCCUGGGGCUCAGCCUCAUGCUGCUCAAGUGGAUCGUGGUGGGCUCCGUCAAGGAGUACGUCCCCACCGAGCUGAUGGACGCCAAGGGCGUGGGGCAGGACCCCUUCUUCCUCUCCAAGCCCACCGCCCCCCCCCGCGGCGCGGAGACCACCGCCGCCGCCACGCCGCGGCCGCCCAGCCGCGUCAGCCCCCGCCUCACCACGAUGAGCCGGGCCCCCCCGCGGCCCCCCGGCACCCGCGGACCGGCGCGGGGCGGCCCGCGGCCCACCGCGGCGCGGCACCCCGCCGCGCCCCACACGGCGCCGCCCGCCAGCGGCCCCCCCGGCACCGCCGGCCGCGGCGCCCGGCCGCCGGCCGCCGCCCCCAGCACCCCGCCGCUGCCCGCCUGGCCCACUGCGGCACACGCUACCUCCUCCUACAAGAUCUACGUCCACGACUCGGCGCCGUCCUGGACCUUGUCUCCCUUCCAGGAGUCAACCACCACCACGCCGGAGGCCAGCACGACUCCCAAAAUCCAUACUACAACGUAUUCCACUGAGCGAUCUGAGCACUUUAAGCCAUGCAAAGACAAGGAUCUUGCGUAUUGUCUCAAUGAAGGGGAAUGCUUUGUGAUUGAAACCUUAACAGGAUCACAUAAACACUGCCGGUGCAAAGAGGGCUACCAAGGAGUCCGCUGUGACCAAUUUUUGCCGAAAACCGACUCAAUCUUGUCAGAUCCAACAGACCAUUUAGGAAUUGAAUUCAUGGAGAGCGAAGAAGUGUACCAGCGCCAGGUGCUGUCUAUUUCCUGUAUCGUCUUUGGCAUAGUCGUAGUGGGCAUGCUUUGUGCAGCGUUCUACUUCAAAACAAAGAAACAAACAAAGCAAAUUCAUGAACAGCUGAAAGAAACACAGAAUAGGAAAACCUACAGCCUAAAUGCUUCCAGCAUGAUGGCAAAGUCGGAGUGUAUGGCACAAAGCCGAGUCCAGCUGCAAAAUUAUUCAAAAACAGAUAGGCAUCCUGGGCCUAUUCUGGACAAAGUUAUGGAGUCUAGUUUUUCAGGCCCUCAGUCUUUCCCAGAGGCCUUGUCUCCUGACAGAGGAACCCAGCCCAUCAAGCAACAUAGAAGUCUCUCUUCAUGCUGCAGCCCAGGACAAAAAAGUGGGAUGCUACAUAGAAAUGCCUUUCGGAGGACUCCUCCCUUACCUCGGGGUAGGUUCAAUGGAAUUACAGGACCAGCAUAUCAACAGCUAGAAGAGUCAAGGAUCACAGACCAGGACACAAUACCUUGUCACGGGUAUUCAUCCAGUGGUUUAAAAACUCCUCAGAAUACUUCAAUAAAUAUGCAACUGCCUUCAAGAGAGACAACCCCUUAUUUUAAUAACGUGGAUCAGAAGGACUUGGUCGGCUAUUCAUCUUCAAGGGCCAACUCCGUUCCCAUCAUCCCGUCUGUGGGCUUGGACGAAGCCUGCAUGCAAAUGCAAAAUGUUUCUGAAGUAACAGGCAUCAAGUGGUGCAAAAACUCCUAUUCAGCUGAACUUGUCAAUGUGAGUUCCCCAGUCAGUAAUUGUCUUAUAGCAGAACAACACGAAGUGAAAAUAUUGCUAGAAACUGUGCAGGAGCAGAUUCGGAUUCUGACGGACGCAAGGCGGUCAGAGGACUAUGAACUGGCGAGCGUAGAAGCAGAGAGCAGCGCGAGCGAAAACACAGCCUUUCUGCCCAUGAGCCCCGUGGCCAAGUCAGAGCGAGAGGCACAAUUUGUCUUAAAAAGCGAAACGCAAAGAGACUCGGUAUUGACAAAGUGACUUUGUGUGGGGGUUGUGGGAGGGGAAACGAGAUCUGUGCAUUCGAUGCUUUGCUAAACAGGAAGGGAGGAAAUUAAAUACAAAUUAUUUAUAUGCAUUAAUUUAAGAGCAUCUACUUAGAAGAAACCAAAUAGUCAAUCGCCCUCAUAUCAUAGUGUUUUUUAAUAAAAUAUUUUUUUAAGGGAAAAAUUCCAGGAGGGAUGAAGCGUACAUCAGGUGCUUUCUAGGCAGGAUUACACAUACAGUUUCAGUUACAGAGCAUUUUACCACGGUCCUGUUCGGCUGUCCGAAGGCUUAGGCUAUGCAUCUUUUUUUCAUUAAAGGCCAAGACCGUUCUUAGAUUCAUUUCUGGUUUCAGGGCAGCACUGCAGUGAGCUGCUGGCCAGGGAUUCAGACCCUGGGGAGCAAGUCCUGUGACCCCGGCACAGACCUGGUCCCCUCUCCUCUUGGUUCCAGGUUCAUAGCAUGGAAACAGGCAUGCAGACAUCUACUUCUGAGGUAGCAGCACAGGUACCUACUGUGGAAUGACAAUAAAUCCCUAAAUUGAGCCAGCGGCUUAACUCUCCACCUUAUUUUAAUGUGUCAGUCAGCCCAAGAAAGUCAAUGGAAACAUUUAGGAGCUUUGGGUUUGGCCAAGUGUGGAGUGGGAUUGGGGUCUGUAGAGAUGCAAUGGUCAGGAGCCCGUGGCUGCUCCAUCUUCUGAGCUUUGCCUAUCAGAGCUGCCUUGGUGGAGAGUGAGGAAGAACAAGAGAAAGGGCAAAAGUGUGGAUUACAACAGGUUUGGUUUUGGGUUUUGGUUUGGGUUUUUUUUUUUUUUGAGUGGGAACAUAAACUCUGUUGUUCGUUACCAACCCCUCAACAUUUCUAAACUGUUACACUUUGAAGGCAUUUGUAAGCUCUCAAGGAGCACUUCUGAGUGUGUGUGUAUUUUUUUUUUUAACUUAUUUUUUAUUAUGAGUUAUUUGGAGAAGAGUCAGGGGGAUCCAAUAUGGUCAAAAUGCAGCCGAUAAGUGUCCACGCUGCCCUAAUUUGUUCCCGCUUUCAGUUCUCCCGUCAUUUUAAUCGUGGCUUAGGCUUGUGAACUUUAAAGCUUCAACCCUGCAGAUGGUUCAGUAUGAGCAGACCCACAAGCAUGCACAGAUCUGAUUCUAAUGAGGCUAUAUAAGAGCAGAUGGUUCCCACCAAAUCACUCCCUGCCAGGGAUCAAGGCCUUAGAGAAGAAAUGUCAUUUCCUGGUUGCCGUAUCCCAAUCACAUUAUACGCAUUUUUUGCAUUUGCUUUCUUUUGAGUCCCUCUUCCCCCCAUAAAUUGUAACACAAUAUGCCAAUAAUGCAAUGAAUUGGGUUCAGUGACAUAUACAUUACUGUUUUUAUUAGUAUUAAAAUAUCUGCUUAUUUGUGGGGAAAAAGAAAAUCAACUAUAAUAAAUAAUUGCUAAAUAGCCUUCCCUGGUUAAUGUCAGAAGAUUGAUUGAAAAAAAUUCAUAGUAUAUACAGAAUGUAUUAAAAUAUUCCUUUGCAGCAAAUUAAUUGUUAAGUUUAUUAAUGUGCCCCAGACUUUCCGGUUCACAAGUCUCAAGACUUCCCAAAAUAGCACAAUCGAUCAUGCAGUGCUGUUGUGUGUUGAGUCAGAAUAAAGCAAUAUUUUAACCUCUCUCAAGUAAAUUUGGAAAAGAAAUGCUGAAGGUGUAUGUAAUUUUUUUUGUUAAGGCAGUAAAAAAAAUUACUCUUCACAGUCUUCAUUCAGCAGGUCUUAUUUUUGGUUCUUUUGCAGUUUUGGUUUGGUUUUUUUUUAAGAUAAUGGAAUUGUCUUGUUUACAGAACUUUCUAUGGCUGUAAUCUUUGCUGUGUGUUUUCAAUAAAAAUAUAUUUGAGGGCAAACUAUGCUUUAUGCCCCAGGAUAGAGCAUGCCUCGUUCGGACUCCCUUCUUCA